CACCGCUCACCAAACCCUUCCAAACGGCAAUAGAAACACACGACCAAACAACACAAUAAAAUUUACACGACACAAGCCCCGAUAGCCUGAACUCUCACCAGAGAAUCGAAAAUGCGUCCUCUCUUCUCGCGACUCCUACGCUCGUCCUCCUCCCCCCUCCUCCUCCGCCGCUCCCAAACCCUAAACCCUAAAAGCCCCCACCUCCUCCUCCUCCGUCCCUUCUCCUCCUCUGUCCCCUCGGACGCCGAGCUCCGCAAGUAUGCGGGCUACUUCGUCCUCCUCCUCGGCUGCGGCGCCGCAACCUACUACUCCUUCCCCUUCCCCGCGGACGCCAAGCACAAGAAGGCCCAGAUCUUCCGCUACGCCCCGCUCCCGGACGACCUCCACACCGUCUCCAACUGGAGCGGCACCCACGAGGUCCACACCCGCGUCCUCCUCCAGCCCGAGUCACUCCCGGACCUCGAGGCCGCCGUCCGGGACGCCCACGCCAACCGGCGCAAGAUCCGGCCCCUCGGCUCGGGCCUCUCGCCCAAUGGGAUCGGGCUGUCGCGGGCUGGGAUGGUCAACCUCGCCCUCAUGGACAAGGUGCUCGGCGUCGACCGUGAGGCCAAGAGGGUUACGGUGCAGGCCGGGAUACGGGUUGCGCAGCUUGUCGAUGCGCUCAAGGAGCACGGGUUGACCCUUCAGAACUUUGCGUCCAUCCGGGAGCAGCAGAUCGGCGGCAUCAUCCAGGUGGGUGCCCAUGGCACUGGUGCAAGAUUGCCUCCCAUCGAUGAGCAGGUUGUUAGCAUGAAACUGGUGACACCUGCCAAGGGAACAAUAGAGCUGUCAAAGGAGAAAGAUCCAGAGCUAUUUUAUCUCGCUCGGUGUGGUCUAGGUGGCCUUGGAGUGGUUGCGGAAGUCACCCUUCAGUGUGUGGAUAGACAUGAGCUUGUUGAGCACACAUUUGUCACUAAUGCUAAUGAGAUUAGGAAAAAUCACAAGAAAUGGCUUGCUGAAAACAAGCACAUAAAAUACUUGUGGAUCCCGUAUACUGACGCUGUUGUUGUCGUGAAGUGCAAUCCUCCUUCCAAGGGGAAAAAACCGAAGUUCACACCAAAAUAUGGGAAGGAUGAAGCAUUACAACAUGUUCGCGAUCUUUACUGUGAUUCACUCAAGAAGUAUAGAACCGAAGUCAGAAGUGAUGAAUUAGAUAUAAACCAGCUCUCAUUCACGGAGUUGAGGGAUAAGCUCCUUGCCCUCGAUCCUCUCAAUAAAGAUCAUGUCAUAAAUGUCAACCAGGCAGAAGCUGAAUAUUGGAGGAAGUCGGAGGGAUAUCGAGUCGGUUGGAGUGAUGAAAUUCUGGGUUUCGAUUGUGGCGGACAGCAAUGGGUCUCCGAGACCUGUUUCCCAGCUGGGACCCUUGCUAAGCCGAGCAUGAAGGACUUGGACUUCAUAGAGGAUUUGAAGCAGCUGAUAGAGAGCGAGGAGAUACCAGCACCUGCACCAAUAGAGCAGCGUUGGACGGCUUGCAGUGGCAGUCUCAUGAGCCCCGCAUCAAGCCCUAAUAAAGACAAUAUAUUUUCAUGGGUUGGUAUAAUCAUGUAUCUGCCAACAACAGAUGCUCGCCAGAGGAAGGACAUAACUGAAGAGUUCUUUAAUUAUAGACGUCUCACUCAAACCAGAUUGUGGGACGAGUAUUCUGCUUACGAGCAUUGGGCUAAAAUUGAGGUUCCGAAAGACAAGGAAGAGCUUGCUGAGCUCCAGGCUAGAUUGAGGAAACGCUUUCCGGUUGAUGCAUACAACAAAGCACGCAGGGAACUCGACCCUAACGGAAUUCUUUCCAAUGCCAAGUUGGAGAAAUUGUUCCCCAUGAUGGAGACUCUUGAAUAUUCGAAGUAAGAUCAUCAGAAGACUCUUUUAUUUGAGCUUGGUCUCAGUACUACUUGUGUAGGAGGCGAGGCGGCUACAUCUUGUUCGACUAGAUACUGGGGAUAUUACUUUCUCAAACCUGGUGUAUCCUGCUAUUUAUUUCUGUCGUACAUUAUAAUUGCUCUCGUGGCCUAGCUUCUCAGAUUUUUUGUUUUUUCCCUGGUUUUUUUUGUUUCUUCUUAAAGUAUAACGAAUGUUUGCAUGGGUCAAUCUUUGUGUUAUAUUUUUCCUUUCCUUUACAAACUUUAUUAUUGCUCAGCUGUA